GCGGGAGGGGGUGUGCCCGUGAUAGCGAAGGCCUCUUAGUCACCGCGAAGUAAAUGGCCUUUUCCUGUUAUCGUGGGCACGACGCCACACGAGCCGGCUAGAAAAUCGUUCGUUCUGUAGGGCCGCCUGGCUUAGUCUUCGCCCAGGCCUUCCAUGGCGGAGCGGCAAGGCAGGCUACGCGGCUGGUGGGGUCGGAUGGACUCCGCGCUGGAACGAGUCAAGCCUCCGAAGACCAGCAGUUCACUAUCAGCGGCGGCCCGUAGAACCUGGUUAGCUGUCUGCUUCCUGCCUUACAAGAUGGCGUACGCGAUGCAGUGGCUGGUCUCGCUGCUGUACGACUACUUCAAAUCUAUGAGGUUGUUUCUGCCUCCGAGGAACAGAGGCUACAUGUAUGCCAGGGUGUCGGGCGACGGCAGGCGGCCGGGAGGCUGGGCCAAGCUGCCGCUGCUGCUGUGGAAGAACUGGACGCUGGCGAGGCGCCGCCCGCGCCACACGGCCGUCGAGGUGCUGGCCCCUGUGUUCCUGUCGUCGCUGCUGAUGCUCAUCCGCGGCCUGGUGGAGCCGGUGGUGCACCCGGAGCCCGCCGUGUACGGCCCCUUCUCGCCGGCCGGCCUCGCCGGGACCGUGGUGCCCGUCUUCGCCAACGCCACCGAGUACGGCGGCUUCGUAGGGUAUUCUCCUAGUGGACCAGUGUUGGACCGGAUUAUGAACUUAACAGCUCAGAAGCUUGGAUUACAUGCCGCGCCAGCCCGCUCGGAAGCAGCGCUGCUCGACUUCAUACGCAGUCAGUACGGCAUCAUGAAGCUCACCCUCGGGGUGGUGGUGUUCGAUGAUUCCCUGGUCGACGCCGAGGAGUUACCACGCAACAUCAAGGUGAAGAUAAGGUUGCCCGGAGAAAGUCGAGUCCCGCUGAGGACAAUGACUGUAAGCGGCGUAGCAAACUGGAAAACUAACAUCCUCUUCCCUUUGUUUGAAGUCGCUGGACCACGGGACAAAAAUGUGACGGAGGGCUCCUAUAGUCCCGGCUACUACCAGGAGGGCUUCCUGGCGCUGCAGCACGCUGUGUCCACGUCCGUCGCGGAGCAGCUGUCCCGCGGGAGGCCCCCUCCCUCCAUCCGGCUCCAGAGGUUCCCGUAUCCCCCGUACAUCGACGACCCUCUGCUGCCCGCGCUGCAGGCCUUCGCCUCCGUCGUCGUCAUGCUCAGCUUCUCCUACACCUGCGUCUACAUCGUCAAGGCCGUGACCUUGGAGAAGGAGCACCAGCUGAAGGAGACGAUGAAGAUAAUGGGUCUGCCGAACUGGCUGCACUGGGUCGCGUGGUUCCUGGAGAACUUUGCCCUGCUGUCUCUGUCCACCGCCCUCAUGGUGGCCUUGGUGAAGAUCCCCUGGGUGUCCGAGCCCCGGCUGUCCGUCUUCACCUCCACCGACGCCUCCGUCCUGUUCGUCUUCAUGCUGCUGUACGCGUCCGUCACCAUAGCUUUCUGCUUCAUGAUGUCGGUGUUCUUUUCGACAGCCAACAUCGCGGCCACCGUGGCGGGGCUGGGCUGGUUCCUUUCGUACUCGCCGUACCUGCUGAUGACGGUCAAGUACCACGACAUGUCCCUGGCGAGCAAGAUGGCGGCCUGCCUCUGCUCCAACACCGCGAUGGCCUACGGAAUGCAGAUCAUCAUGAUGCACGAGGGGCUGGGCAUUGGUCUACAUUGGUCUUCGAUUUGGAAACCCGCUAUGCCUGACGACAACUUCGUGUUUGGUCACGUAAUGAUAAUGAUGGUUCUGGACAUAAUUACCUACUUGCUCGUAGCGGUGUAUGUGGAGGCAGUCUACCCAGGAACGUACGGUGUCCCAAAACCUUGGUACUUCCCUUUACUGCCCUCUUACUGGUGUGGUUCCAGACAAGUUGUAAACAACACAGACGAGGAAGUUAUGGAAAUGGAGUUUGAUGAUCUGGCAAGCUGUGAUAUGUUUGAAAAGGAGCCGAGCAAUGUACACGCCGGGAUACGCAUAAAAAACUUGCAUAAGGUCUACGGCAGGAAGGUGGCGGUGAAGAACCUGACCCUGAACAUGUUCGAGGGCCAGGUGACGGUGCUUCUGGGGCACAACGGGGCCGGCAAGACCUCCACCAUGUCCGUACUGACGGGGCUGACUACGCCCACGAGCGGCACUGCAAUCGUCGGGGGCUGCGACGUGCAGGCGCACGUCGAGGGCGCAAGGGCCAGCCUGGGGCUGUGCCCCCAGCGGAACGUCCUGUUCCCGGAGCUGACGGUUCGCGAGCACGUUUUCUUCUUCUCCAAGUUAAAAGGCAUGGCUGAAGAGGACAUAGAGGAAGAGACCAGCAAAUACCUCCAGCUCCUGGACCUGGAGUCGAAGGCUGACGUCCAGUCGAAGGCACUCUCCGGCGGCCAGAAGAGGAAGCUCUCUGUGGCCAUAGCGCUCUGCGGGGACUCUAAGGUGGUGCUGCUGGACGAGCCGUCCUCGGGCAUGGACCCCGCGGCCCGGCGCGCGCUGUGGGACCUGCUGCGCACGGAGAAGCGCGGCCGCACCGUGCUGCUCACCACGCACUUCAUGGACGAGGCGGACGCGCUGGGCGACCGGGUGGCCGUGCUGGCCGGCGGCGAGCUGCGGUGCUGCGGCUCCCCCUUCUUCCUCAAGAAGAAGUACGGGACGGGCUACCACCUGGUCGUGGUGAAAGGCCCGGACUGCGACCCGCACGCCGUCACCGGGCUGCUGCGGAGGUACCUCCCAGGCGUGGACGCGGGUCAGAGCACCGCCUCGGAGCUGUCCUACCUGCUGGACGAGCGGCAGUCGGCCGUGUUCGAGCCGAUGCUGCGGGAGCUCGAGGACAAGCAGGCCUGCCUGGGGGUGAAGAGUUACGGCCUCGCUCUCACCACCAUGGAGGAGAUUUUCAUGAAAGUUGGGAAAGAACAAGACAUGUUGCCUCAAAAUGGCAAUCUUUGCCAUGAAAAUGGCGCAGACGACUUCAAAAUGAACAUGGCACGGCACAUUCCCAAUGGGAAGGCUGCAAAUGACUUGAAAACUGAUAUAGCGGACGGGCUGGGCGGGUGGAUGCCGACAGGCGCACGGCUGGCUCUGAACCAGCUGCGCGCCGUGGCGUUGAAGAGUGCGCUGCACGCCUGGCGCACGGGCGUGCUCUUCCUCGUCCAGCUGCUCAUCCCCGUCGUCAACAUCUCCGUCACCUUCCUGGUCGUGGAGCGGUGGCAGAGCUCCAGGGACCUGCCCCCCAUCGAGCUGUCGCCCGAGCUGUAUGGCGAACCUCUGACUCCGGUGGCGCUGCUGUCGAGCAGUUCCGACGCGGCCGCCACGUACCAGCUUUACAAGGACCUGUACCCCGCGAGCCUGGUGGACCUGAACCGAGGACUGCCACCGGGCACGGCACCGAACAUCACCAGGUUCAUGCUGGCGGAGGCAGAGCGGCACCUGAUGCUGGUGCGGCAGAACUACGUGGUGGGGGCGACAUUCGCGGGCGGAGGUGGCGCGACGCGGGGCCCCGUGCUGACGGGGUUCUUCAACAACCAGCCCCUGCACAGCCCGCCCAUCUCCUUGGGCAUGCUGCACAACGUGGCUCUGCGGUGGGUGGCAGGGGAGAACUACUCCCUCAGCACCGUCAACCACCCGCUGCCGUACCUGCAAGAAACCAAGGCGGGCUUCCAGAUGACCGCCAACAACUUGGGCUUCCAGCUGGCGUUCAACAUGACGUUCGCCAUGUGCUUCGUGACGGCCUUCUACGUCAUGUUCCCGAUCAAGGAGCGGGCCAGCAAGUCCAAGCACCUGCAGUUCGUGUCGGGAGUCGGCGUGCUCACGUAUUGGAGCGUCCAGUACCUCUUGGACAUGCUCUCGUUUGUUCUGGUCACGACGGCCAUCCUGAUCACCAUGCUGGCGUUUCACGAGGAUGGCUACCACACGCCCGACCAGUUGGGUAGAUAUUUUGUGCUGUUUGUGAGUUUCGGCUGUGGCAUGCUUCCUCUGAUGUACUUGGCGUCCUACUUCUACAUGUCACCAUCAACCGGCUUCACCAGAGUUGUCAUGUGGAAUGCCUUCACAGGCGUGGCCGGCUACCUGGUGGUCUGCAUCCUGCAGCUGCCCGACCUCGCCCUGCAGGGCCUGGCCGACGCCGCCGACCGCCUGCUGGUGGCCGUGCCCUUGUACUCGCUGGGCGUCAGCCUGCGCAACAUGUACACCAACUACGCCGUGCUGGACGCCUGCCGGCCGCUGUCCGCCCAGUGCCACGUCGUGCGCAGCCCCUGCUGCAGCGUGCCUGAGCAGUGUCCGGACGGAAAAUGCAUUCCAAUGGUUCAGAAUUACUUUGACUGGAAUUACCCAGGAGUAGGUCGCAACAUCUGCUUCUUCUUCGUUGAUGGAAUCAUUUUCACAGCGAUACUACUCUUGAUUGAAUUUAGAGUUUUUGAAAUGAUUCUCUACAGCACCAAAAGCAUCGGGGCCAGGAAUGCUAACUUUUGCGACGAAGAGCCAGAAGACUCGGAUGUUUUGGAGGAACAGGAGAAGAUACGCUCAACAGACAUUCAGAUUUUGAACAAAGAAUACAAGCUUCUCAUGGUGGACAUUACUAAGUUUUACGGCAACUUCCCGGCAGUGAAACGGAUGUGUGUUGGGGUCAAAAGUGGGGAGUGUUUUGGCCUGCUUGGAGUGAACGGUGCAGGAAAAACAUCCACGUUCAAGAUGCUGACAGGAGAUGAAACAAUCUCGAGCGGAGAUGCUUACGUUAACGGCCUGAACCUCAAGAGCCACAUGAAGCAGGUGUGUCAGAUGAUUGGCUACUGCCCUCAGUUUGAUGCUCUGAUUGAAGAGCUGACAGGUCGUGAGACACUGACAAUAUUCUCCCUGUUGAGGGGCAUCCCACCGUCCAAGAUUCCCGACAUCAUUCGUCACUUAACAGAGAAACUCCUCUUCACUGCACACAUUGACAAGAAAGUCAGUGAAUACAGUGGAGGUAACAAGCGGAAACUAAGCACUGCUGUUGCGCUGGUAGGAGACCCAGCCGUGGUGUUCUUGGACGAGCCGACCAACGGCAUGGACUCCAUGGCCAAGCGGCACCUGUGGAACAUCAUUUGCGACGUUCGGGACAGCGGCAAGUGCAUCGUCCUCACGUCACACAGCAUGGAAGAGUGCGAGGCGCUCUGCACGAGGAUCGCCAUCAUGGUGAACGGCCGGCUCAAGUGCCUCGGCUCGCCGCAGCACCUCAAGAGCAAGUUCGCGGAGGGCUACACGCUCGCGGUCAAGAUGGCCGCCCAGGAGCGACUCUGCGGGCGGACGUUCGAAACAGAAUCGGUCAAGCAGUUCGUCCAGAAGUCAUUCCCAGGAGCAGUCCUGAGGGAGCAGCGUGAGUGCCUGAUGACCUUCUACCUCCCCGCCCCGACGCCGGCGUGGUCCAGGAUGUUUGGGACGAUGGAGUACGCCAAGACGCGGCUCGACAUCGAGGACUACUCCCUCGCCCAGACAAGCCUAGAGCAGGUGUUCCUGUCCUUCACCAAGCACCAGAGACUGAGCGACUGACACAAAUACAGCAACCCUUCCAAUUUUAAGGCUGGGGUUUCCCUUACAGUUUAAAAUACUUCUAAGCAUCACCACUUUUUUUUUUCUGUAUGUAUUUAUUGAGUGUGUAUGUUUGUAAAAAAAAAUACAAUGCAGAAUUAAAAUUCACCUCAUUAUUUUAAUACUCAAAAA